CCUUUUUCGAAUCCGCUAUCCCCCAUCUCUUCUCUUACCGUCGACCUGCGCUUCAAGCUACCUCUAUCUUGGAAAAUUUGAAAGGUCUUCUCGCAUAUCAAAUUUACCAACGGUGCUCACUUUAGUGCCGCGUUAACUCGAACACUUACCAAUUACCAUUCACUUUCUCGAACAGUCAAAAUGCGUACUCGCUCGCAGAUGAUGUCGCCUGGUGGCUUCGUCUCCCUAGAUGACCACAAUGUUGCUCGCCCCACUAGGUCGACUAGAAGCAACUCGCAGCAGUCCGCCGCCGAAGAAGAACAGCCCGCUCCUCGCCCCAAGGCAACGCGCGCCAAGAAAGCGUCUUCCACAACGACAAAAAAGGCUCCUAGCAAGAAGAAGGCCUCUACAAAGAAGCGCACAACGCGCCGAACUACUCGCAAAAUUGGCCAAUCAGAUUCCGAGGAGACCGAACAGCACCAGACCGAAGAGAACGAGAACGCUGAACCCACCGCAUCCCAAGCGGAACCAUCUUCACAGGAGAACGGCAGCACCGAAGUGGGCCAGAACUCUAACCCUAUAGAGAACAAGAAGCGUCGUCGCCCAACCAAUGAAGACGACAAUGACAAGAACGACGGGGAGCCAGUCACCCCCGCUGCGAAUAAGCGGCGCAACCUUGGUAUUCCCGGAAGUACUCCCUUCUCCCAUGCCAGUCCCUUGCCUCGCCGUGUCACCGCCAAUAUUACCCCAUUUUCGGAGAGACUUCGCCGCCGCAACGCCGAGUCGCAAGGCCGCAUUUACAGGACCAGUCUUCGCAUCUCGCAGUACCUCGCCCAGGAGGACGCUGAUCGUCUCGCUUCUGAGAAGACCCCAGUUCCAGGAGAAGAUAUCUCGAUGACUGAACCUUUCCCAAGCUUUGAGGAUAACGAACUACUUCAUGAACAAGAUGCACAGAAACCGGAAUCGGAACCGGAACCGACACAGCAACCUACCACUCCGGACCGGCCUGCGAGUAGCUGGAGAAUCCGCGGGCUACUGAAUUCUGUCCCUCGCAGACUUUCUCGUCUCAUUCCCACUUUUGGACGAACCCCCGAAAGAAAUGAGAAUCAAGCAGAACCAUCAACCGAGCCGCUCAACCGUACACAGCCUAGAGCGUUCGUUCCUUCGAACAGAACAGUGUCUCCCACUCCCAAGACCAAGGGACCGACCCAACAGCCGCAGCGUGAUCUCUCCUUCUCCCUGUUCCCUGCUACUAUUGACAGGUCUCGCUACCUUGAUGAUAAACCUAAAGCCACCCCCAAGUCUGUCCAACAGACCCCUGCCGAGGCUCCAUCCAAAGUACCUGAGCCUCCGGCCGAUACAUCGAACCCCAAAGAUUCUGGUGAAUCCACUGCCGAAGCAAGCAAAACUCGAGGCCGUAACCCUGUCUCAGGGGAGCCUAGCACCUCCACUCCAAGCCAGAAGAAGCGCAAGCGGGCCCCUUCCCCUGAUGUGAUCCCUAACCCGCCUGGAUGCAGCUAUGGAAUGUACGAGGACUACUUCGUGAUCUCUGACGAUGAAGAAGAUGAAGACGAGGAGCCUGCAUUCCCACAAACCGAACCCAAGAAACAAGACGUGAAAGGAAAGUCCGCCAUUCGCGAUGUUCUCCGGUCCGAGCGUCCAGCUUCGAAGAAAGUUCGAUUCGAUGCGAGUCCCCAGGAUACCCCAUCCAAGCUUAGAAUGAAGCCCCGCGCCACCGAUCCGUAUACUGGACAGCAUUUCGUCGGCAUGGAUCUGUCUGGCGAAUCGAGUAACUCAUCUUCGUCUCUGCCUCCUACCCACGUUUCGCAGGCCGAACAGUCCACUGUUUACCCGGAUCUGCGCAGUCGCCCAGGCUUCGUUCCCAAUCGUGAUGCUUCGGAAGACGAGGCUACACCAGAUUUCGUUCCCAACCGAGCCGGUACAUUCGAGACUCCCUAUUCGGACUCCCCAUCGGAACCCAGUACUUCUGCCCCUGAAUCUGUGCCCGAUACACAGACCACUUCGCCCAUUGAAGCUCCUUCGCAGCCUCACAUUACUGAGAGCACAUCAUCCGACGAGACUCGCGCGACUCCGCAGCAGGCGCUUGUCCCUCCUACUACCCCAGCCAAGGUUGAAGAUGAUGCUCUUGCUCGAGUCCGCUUGCAGGCAGAGAAAUACAAACCCAAGACGCCCAGUGGACUCCGCACUGCGAGCCGCUAUUCUAGCCCUUUGACUCUUGCUACUACUCCUGACCCAGUCUCCGUACCUAUUGCUACCCCCAGCACAGUUCCCGGACCUGUCGCUAGUCCCGAGCGUGCAUCCAGCCCCGAGGACUUCGGUGACGACCAAUUCGCUCGCGAUGCUCAGUGGCUCUAUGAGAAUUGCCCAACUGGAGACCUCUCCGAGCUUGCCUGGCCGGAAGCCGAGAAUUAUGAAGAUAUGGGCUUCAGUGCCGAGGCAGUACGCAUCGCCAACGAAAUGUGGGAUCCUUCAGUGGUCGAUCACGCUUACGAUAAUAUUUGGACGCCCGGCCUGGAAGCGUUCAGGCGCGAAAUGGAGACUGGCCUUUCGCACGCCGCACUCGCAUAAAACCUUCCUUAAUAAAUGUUACUACUGAAUCCGGUCGAAAGUUGCUCAGGUUAUGGGAUGUCGUUAGUUCUUCUUAAUCACUCAGACCACCACAUUCGCCUUUACACCAAGCCUUGGUCUGCCUAUCUGGUUGAAAUUUGUUCAGGAUUUGGCAUAUCAUUCGCUCUUCGUCGUUCAGACCACCACAUUCGCCUUUACACCAAGCCAUGGUCUGCUCAUCGGGUUCAAAGAUGUUCAGGUUUUCAGUUGUCGUAUACCUUGGUAGCUCAGACCAUCACAUUCGUCUUUAUCCCAUACUAUGGUCCGC